AUGUUAGAAAAUAUUACAGGACGCUUAGAUUCACUGCGACAUACAAUAUUAACUUUAAGUAAACGCAGAUCUCUCAGAUAUGGUGUGCCUUUCUUUCUAUUUGUUGUUGGAGGAUCCUUCGGUUUGCGUGAAUGGACACAAAUAAGGUACCAAUUUUCUAGAGUAAAAGGAGUCAGCAAAGAAGAAGCUGAAAAGAUGGGGCUUCACAAAGAGAAGACAGUUACAUUAGAAAAAACCUAUGAAGAAAUUCAGAAACUAGAUAUAGAUAACUGGGAAAACAAAAGGGGUCCUCGACCUUGGGAGACACCUGCACAACAACCAAAAAAACAAUAG